GCAGCAUAGCCAAUCAUCUUGCCCUUCAGGGGCCGCCUGGUCCGGGGCGAGGCCCUCUCGGCUCCGCCCCAAGCCUCGCUGGCUCCUCUCACUGUGGCACCACGCCUGCGCAGACUGCUCCGCGCCCUCUUCCCGGCUUCCUCCUCUCGGCGCUCCCGUGAGGCAUUGCGAGGCGCGCGGGCCAUAGCCUGGUGGGCGCCGGCGGCCGCUGAGGUCUUGCCACCUUGCUGACAUUCCCUUGGCUAAGUCGUGGUGGAUCAUUCAGCGACGCGUCUGUUGGAAACAACAAAUGUCUGAAAUGUUCUUACUUGACUGUUGGGUACCUUAGUACUUUUCAAGUUGAGAGGGGUUCUAAAACCUGAAGCCUGGUGUUCUCUGAACUAGGUUGAUCAGACCUGGAAAUUGAUUCUUGCCAGCUUGGUGAAUGCUUAUUCACUCAUUGAGGAAGAAUCACAGUAGAUUCUAAAAAUAUUUUCCCCCUUCUCUAUGGACUUAAGUAAAAAUUGGUUUUGUUUCUACUUGGAUUUAUUUUUUAUAAAUAGAGCACCAUAAAGCCAUAUCAAAUACAUAAAACUAGGGUAGUAAACUAUGAGUUCUGGGAAUGAGUUUGUGGAGACAUUAAAAAAAAUUGGUUAUCCCAAAGCUGAUAUUCUUAAUGGAGAAGAUUUUGACUGGCUAUUUGAAAAUGCUGAAGAUGAAUCAUUUUUGAAAUGGUUUUGUGGGAAUGUGAAUGAACAUAAUGUAUUGUCUGAAAAAGAAUUGGAAGCUUUUAGCAUUCUUCAAAAAUCAGGCAAACCCAUCCUAGAAGGGUCAGCAUUGGAUGAAGUUCUUAAAACCUGCAAAACUUCUGAUUUGAAGACACCUAAACUGGAUGACAAAGAACUAGAGAAAUUAGAGGAUGAGGUUCAAAUUCUUCAGAGAUUAAAAAACUUAAAAAUGCAACGACGUAAUAAAUACCAGUUGAUGGCUUCCGUAAGUAGCCACAAAUCUCUGAGAUUGAAUGCUAAAAAAGAAGAAUCCACUAAAAAGCUGAAGCAAAGUCAAGGAAUUCUAAGUUCUGUGAAUACUAAGCUCAGUAAUGAACUUCAGGCUCUCACUGAUGGAGUUACUAAAUUGAUGAUGUUCUUUAGACAUUCUAAUUUAGGUCAAGGAACAAAUCCAAUGGUGUUUUUAUCUCAGUUUUCCUUGGAAAAAUAUCUAAGCCAAGAAGAGCAAAGCACAGCAGCAUUAACCUUGUAUACCAAAAAGCAGUUCUUUCAGGGUAUACAUGAAGUAGUUGAAAGUUCAAAUGAAGAAAAUUUUCAGCUAUUAGAUAUACACACUCCAUCUAUUUGUGAUAAUCAAGAAAUCCUUGAAGAGAGACGACUAGAGAUGGCCAGGCUGCAGCUAGCAUAUAUCUGUGCUCAACAUCAGUUGAUUAACUUGAAAGCAAAUAAUUCGAGCAUGAAGUCUAGCAUAAAAUGGACAGAGGAGAAUCUUCAUAACCUAACCAGCAAGGCUGUUGGCAAAGAAAAUUUGGAUGCUAAAAUUUCUGGCUUGAACAGUGAGAUUUUGAAACUUGAAGAACAAAUCACUCAUAUAAAAGAUAAGACUUUGCCUGCUGUGGUAAAAGAGAAUGCCCAGUUAUUGAAUAUGCCAGUUGUAAAGGGAGAUUUUGAUCUGCAGAUUGCUAAACAAGAUUAUUACACAGCAAGACAAGAGUUAGUUUUAAACCAGUUGAUAAAACAAAAGGCAUCAUUUGAACUUGUACAGUUAUCAUAUGAACUUGAAUUAAGGAAACAUUGGGACAUGUAUCGUCAACUUGAAAACCUGGUUCAAGAACUUAGUCAAAGUAACAUGAUGCUCUACCAGAGAUUAGAAAUGUUAACAGAUCCAUCAGUCUUUCAGCAGAUAAAUCCAAGGAAUACCAUUGAUACCAAGGAUUAUUCUACUCAUAGGCUUUAUCAACUUUUAGAGGGAGAAAAUAAAAAAAGAGAAUUGUUUGUAACCCAUGGAAACCUGGAGGAAGCAGCUGAGAAAUUGAAACAGGAUGUAUCUCUAGUACAAGAUCAGUUGGCAAUAACUGCUCAAGAGCAUUUUUUAUUUCUGUCCAAAUUGAAUAAUAAUGUUGACGUGCUUUGUGAUGUUUUGUAUCAAGGAGGAAAUCAGCUUUUACUUAGUGAUCAGGAAUUAACAGAACAGUUUCAUCAAGUUGAAUCCCAAUUGAAUAAGCUAAAUCAUCUCCUUACUGAUAUUCUUGCUGAUGUGAAGACAAAAAGGAAAAUUUUGGCAACUAAUAAAUUGCAUCAAAUGGAAAGAGAAUUAUAUGUAUAUUUUUUAAAAGAUGGAGACUACCUGAAAGAUGUUGUGGAGAAUCUAGAAAACCAAUCAAAGAUUAAGGAUGUUAGUUUUAAAAAUUGAAAAUUACUAAAAACUGAAUCUUUACAUCUGUUUUAAUGUUUUAUGUAAUAGGAGAUUAUAUCUAAUAAACAUGAUAAUGUUUUGAAAUUUGA